UUCAUCUUUAGAGCCACACGCCCACCGAGAGGGAGGCAGCGGCUCUUGAUUCACUCCUGCGCUAUCGUUACCUCGCGCUCUUCAAAAUUACCAUAAAGGUGCUUACGAAUCGCGGAGAUGCGAGGUGAGCCCAUCGUGUGCCAAACUAGCUGAAAUUGGCCAGUAUUAGUGGGCAAUUCGCCGUGGGAUCCAUUCAGUGCAUCUGACAGCAGACAGCCUACAUACAGCGCGCGUGAUGAGAGCCGCGGAAUGCCGCUGCUCAUAAUGUGACUGAGCGCGCGCACCGCAUCCACAACCGACACAUUCAGCUGGAAGAAGAAGCUCGGUAAUCAACAAAUCGCAUCUCGUCUCAGGAGGGAAAAAUAGCGACAUGGGGGAGCAGCCCAUCUACAGCACCCGGGCACACGUCUUCCAGAUAGACCCCAACACUAAAAAGAACUGGAUGCCCACCAGCAAGCAUGCGGUCACUGUAUCUUACUUCUAUGACAGUACCAGGAACGUGUACAGGAUCAUCAGCUUGGACGGAUCUAAGGCAAUAAUAAACAGCACUAUCACCCCGAACAUGAACUUCACAAAGACAUCUCACAAGUUUGGGCAGUGGGCAGACAGCCGUGCCAACACAGUGUAUGGGCUGGGCUUCUCCUCUGAGCAUCAUCUGGCCAAGUUUGCAGAGAAAUUUGCAGAGUACAAGGAAGCAGCCAGGAUGGCCAAGGAGAAGUCUCUAGAAAAGAUGGAGCUGGCAAGUUCACCCUCUCAGGAAUCGCCUGCCGACAUUCAUUCCCCUCUGACUCCACCCGUGACUGCGGACCUCUGCCGAAUCAACGGCACUGGCGAUGACGUCACUCUGUCUGACGUGUCACCGAAUUCUGUGCUCCAAUCAGAUCUUUCCCCAACCACACCGACCCUUGCACACAGCCCGGCAACCAACAAACACUGGGAAGCAGAGCUCGCAGCACUAAAGAGCAACAAUGCCAAGCUCACAGCUGCUCUGCUGGAGUCCACGGCCAACGUCAAACAAUGGAAACAGCAACUAGCAGCUUAUCAGGAGGAGGCUGAAAGGCUACACAGUCGGGUUUCAGAAUUAGAAAGCCAGAGUAGUCAAACCAAUGUGAUCAAAUCCCAGAAAACGGAGCUGAACCAAACAAUAGAGGAGCUCGAGUGCACAUUAAAGGCAAAAGAAGAGGAAAUGGUGCGUUUGAGAGACGAAGUAGAAAAUGCAAAGCAUCUUCAAACUCAGAAGGAUGAACUCACCCAAAAGUUAGAGGAGACAAACUUGCGGAAUAAGGAGCUUGAGGAACAGUUGGCUGAUCUGGAGCAACGUCUGGAGUCCAGUCAAGUGGACCAGGAGAGCCUUCGCAAGAACCUCAAAACCCUGCUGGAGAUUCUGGAUGGAAAGAUCUUCGAGCUGACAGAGCUGAGAGACAACCUAGCUAAGCUCAUAGAGGACAGCUAGACUUCCUCCACCUCUCGCAUCAGAACUUUCCUCUUUUACGAAAUACACAGCGUCCGAUUCAGGCCUAGAGAGUCUGAUGUACUUUCAACUGUAGGACUCUCUUUCACUCACUUACACAAAAUGAUUAACCUUUGUUUGCACUUGAUUUUGUAUUUUUGAGGUGGGUUCAUUCUUUUCAGUGACACUGCUACCUGCCGAAUUUUAUUGUCAACUACACACCUGUACUUUUAUCGAUGUUUCCUUGAAUUUUCCCCUGAAAUAAGCGGCCUGCAAAGAACAUGGCUGCAUAUAGGCUCCUACUUUUUAAAGGUGCUGGUUUCCUGUGCCUGGCUGUUGGCGUUAAUGGACGUUUCUUAUGCUGCUGAGGACACUACAUGAAUUACACUGACUGGACCUUCAGUCGUAUUUUAAGACUGGAGGUUCAGAGCCAUAUGUUGUAGCCAAAUCUUAUUGGCUUGCCUCUUCCCCUUCAUGGAAACUGCCUCAAAGUUCAAUCAGUCAAAGUUUCAGGAUACUCAACCAUUGACCUAAAAAGCUCUUUUGACAUUUAGCAGACUUUGAGAUGUAGAUGUGGCGUAUGCUUUAGGCCUGUAAUAUACACUGAGCAAUAUUAGUGUGAGCGUCUGUAUGCCAGAUUAGUGCAAGCCACCUCAAUGCAUCCGUCAGGUACUCAAACAGUCGAUGAACAGGAUCCAUGUUAUAGGUAAACUGGAUUUCUCCAAUGACCAGUGUAAUGCUUUUGGAUCGUAUUGGCCUUAUAAUAACCCGUAUCUAUACAUUUUUCAGGAUUUUCUUGAAGACUAAGAUCUUCCUUUGUUUGUUGACUUACCAAAUACAAUUAUGUACUCGAUUCCUUACGAUUUUCAAUAACAAUAUUAGUGUAAUAUUUAAAAAGUCCAUCCUGCUGAUGGGUAUAAUGAUACAUAGAUCGCUGUCAGUAUGAUUGUAUUUAUAUGUGGGAAAACUCUGUUUUAAAUUUCCCAAUGUUAAUAAAGACUAUUUAAAGAUA